GCCGGGCUGGGGCCGGCCUGCGAGCCCUGCUCCCCCUCAGCCCCCCGUCAGAAGCCUUCCCCGGGCGGCUGCGGGUGAAAAGCUCCUCAGAGCCCGGCGGGGAAGGCGAAGGGGAGGCACCGCCCGGCUGUGGCGGUGGCUGUGGCUGUGGCGGCGGGGAGGGGGCGAACCCUGCCCUCUGCCCUCUGACCGCCGCCGCCGCCGGCAGCAUGGGGAAGGCGGAAGCGGCGGAGCCGGCCCGCCAGGCCCGUCAGGCCGGGGGGAGCGCGGCGAGAGGCUGAGGAGGAGGCGGCGGCGGGGCCGGCCCCGCGGCUCUGCCCGCCGCCCUCCGGCAGCACUGACACCGUAAGGGGCCGGGGGAGGCCUGCGGGGAGCCCGGCCCGGGCGAAGGGGGAGCGGCUGAGGCGGGCCCGGGGCCGGGGGAUGCCCUGCGGGCGGCGGGGCCGGCCGGCAGCGGGCGGGCGGGGAGCCGGGCUCCGGGCAGCGCCGGGCGGCCCCGGGAGAAGCCGGGGGCCGAGGGGACGCGAAUAGGGUCGGAUGGAGCCGCCGGUAGGGCUGGCGGGGGCCGGGGGGUGCCAGGCGUAGGGAGAAGUGUCUGGGGAGCGCCCUGAGGCUGACAGGUGUCGGUGCUGGAAGUGCCCUGCCGGAGGCUCGCGGCCCCCCGGGUGUUGCUGCCUCGAAGAUGAUGCUGGCAGAGCAAGCCCAGAAGUGGUUCCCAACUCACGUGCAAGUCACGGUGCUUCAAGCCAAAGGGCUGAAGCCCAAAGGCAAAGGCGGCACCAACGACGCGUACACCAUCAUCCAGCUGGGCAAGGAGAAGUACUCCACCUCGGUAGCCGAGAAGACCCUGGAUCCGGUAUGGAAAGAGGAGGCCUCCUUCGAGCUGCCCGGAUUACUCAUGCAGGAGAACCCAGACAGAUACAUCCUGUACCUGAUUGUCAUGCACAGGUCGCUGGUGGGGCUGGACAAGUUUUUGGGCCAGGUGGCGAUCAGCCUGAACGAUAUAUUUGAGGACAAGCAAAGGAGGAAAACAGAGUGGUUUCACCUAGAGUCCAGACAAGGAAAAAGAACUAAAGACAGAGGUGAAAUAAAGGUCAAUAUUCAGUUUAUGAGGAAUAACAUGACAGCAAGUAUGUUUGAUUUGUCAAUGAAGGACAAAACCAAAUCCCCUUUUGCUAAACUAAAAGACAAAAUGAAGGGUCGAAAAAAUGAUGGGACGUUUUCGGAUACAUCCUCUGCCAUCAUUCCAAGCACUCACAUACCAGAUGCAAACAUAGAGAUAUGUAGUGGAGAAGUACAAAUGAAAUCAAAACCAAAAAAACCUUUCCUUUUGGGACCUCAGCGGCUAUCUUCAGCUCAUUCGAUGUCAGAUUUAACAGGAUCACACGUCUCCUCAGAAAAACUAAAAUCCAGCACAGUCGGCUACUCUCAUCUCUUCAGGCGCCAGCUAGAAUCUUUUGGUUCAGUUGAUGAAGGCGGGAGUGUAAAGUCUCCACAUAGAAGGACGUUAAGUGUCGAUACUUCUAAAAUGAACCAGCUUGACAGCACAGUUGAUGAAGCUGCACUUGAAGCACAAAACGACCCAUUUACCAAUGUGAGUGCUUCGCUACCCCAGAAAUUUGCUACACUGCCACGACAGAAAAAUCCAUUUGAAGAAAGCCCAGCAGCAUGGGAUCAAAACAUAAGUCUGUUUUCCAAACCUGUUGAAAUAAAAAAAGAAAUGAAAAAAGAGAAAAGAGAGAAAGUUAGUCUUUUUGAAAGAGUGACUGGAAAAAAAGACAGCAGGAGGUCAGAUAAAUUUAGCAAUGGGGGAUCAGAGAGUUCUACGGACUUGAAAUCACCCAGUGCAUUUGGGGAGACUCAUCAGGAGAGUUUUGAUUAUGAGUCGACUAAUCCGUUUAUGACAAACUUCAAGCCUCCAAGCAUGUUGCCAUCUUCAAGUUUUAAUACGAAUCCUUCUGGCAUUGAGGACCUCAGGAAAACAAUGGAUGUAAAUCCUUUUGAUGCCACUGCAGGAUACCGUAACCUUACCUAUGAAGAGGUUUUGCAGGAGCUGGUAAAACAUAAAGAGCAACUUAAGAAGAAGGACACCCAUAUUCGUGAACUGGAGGAUUACAUUGAUAAUCUUCUUGUACGAGUAAUGGAAGAAACACCUAGCAUUCUCAGAGUGCCAUAUGAACCUUCUCGAAAAGCUGGCAAAUUUUCCAAAAGCUAAGAUAGUGACCCUUGAUGGUACUUUCUGCUGAAUACGUUAGGGGAAGGAAAUAACACUUCAGCAUUUUGAUUUCUUUUCAUUACUUUUGUCCUAAGAAAUUUCAGGAAUUGGGAGACAGAACUAUGGCAUGUUUUUGUUUGUUUUAUUUUAUUGGUGUUUGUUUGUUUGUUUGUUUUUUACUCCAAACACUAGCAGAGACUGCCAAAAGUAAUGUUUUGUUGGAUUAGCUACAUACUUUUUGUUUUUUUUUCUUGAAAAUACCUUUAGGUACACCAUACGUACAGUAGAGUAAAUAAUGCACAUGAAAUAUGUCCAUGCAGUUUUAUCUGAUGGCUUAGUGUUCACUGUGUGGCAGUUUCAGCUGGGAUAGCCUGUGCUGUUUUGAAUGUUUUCUCGACCGAUUAUUGGUAUUAUGCAAAUAUAUCAAUUCUGAUAUUACAGCAUGCCAUCAAAACCACUGUUUUCAAGCCAGUGUAGUAUGCUUUACUAAAUCUAAAUGUGACUUGUUGCAACGGAAUGCAGUUCGUUCUACACAUGCUAGAAGAAAGCAGUGAUGCACAAUCUUUGCAGAGUAAAUGCUGUACUGUAUACAAUGUGCUUUUCGUAUGACAAUGUAAAAAAUAUCAUGCCAUUUCACUAAUGGCACAUGCUGGAAUCAGUUAUUUUACACUUAAAUGCUGAAUUUUGUGUAUAAUGAUUGAACUUUGGUAGUGAGCUCAUGACAGGAUUAUUUUGAGGAUCUUUUUGUAUGGAGUUAUUGCAUGCCUUUUUAUAUGUUAAAGUACUUUGACCAGUGUUAAUAGAGUCAGAAAUAGGAUGGAGAAAAGUAUGGAAUAAGAUAAGAAUACUUUGUUCAGUUAGUCUACUACAGUAAAAAUAUAGGAGAAAUGAACAGACUGACUUAAAUAGACAUGAUAAUUCUGCAAGUAUAUAACCGACUCAAUUUAAGGUUGAGUUUUACAUGAUAUACAUGUAUGUCUCUUCAGGUUUUUAAACUUAAGACAACAAAGUAUAUGCCUUUAGAAUUAGGCUGUGUUGCUGAAACACGUCUAAAGUACUUAAAAAGGGUUAUCAUUUGGAAAAAAAGAAAAAAAAAAAAGAUCUGUAUUCCUUGUAAGUGCUUUUAAAAGUCAGUUUUCUUUGAGGCAGAUGAAAGAAGAAUGUAAUGAAAGUCUUCCUGAUCAUUUAAUAAUUGUUUGUAAGAUGACAUAUGAAAAGGAUAACUGUUAUUCAAUAAAUUGGCAAAAUAUCGUGAUGAACUUACAAUGGGAAAAUACAGUAGGAGAAUAAUCCUCACAAUAUUAACAAUAUUAGAUCUUAAUUUUAAUUUCCUUCAUAAGCAUCUUAGUCUGUUGCUGUGAAACAGUAAGAAGGUAUUAAAAAAAUUUUAGGACAAUUUAGAUUUGGAUUUGGAAGGAAUGACUGUCUUUUCCUCCUCUUUCUACACCUGACCUGUUUUCUUAUAUCAUCAAGUAAUAUCUGUUUCUUUUUCAGAUAUAAAAGAUCUAUAUUUUCAUUUUUAAAUCUGCAAAGAUUAGUAAUAUCUUGAUUAACUGUCAUCUGGACAAGCUGAAAAAGUUCUGCUUUCUUAAUGCUUUUGACAAUGUUAGUUUUCUAUGACAGCACAGAAUUAUUCUUCUUAGACAAAAAAAUUCUGUGGUACAAUUGUUCCCAGAUUUUAUUUUCUUUCUUCUUUUUUUUUUUUUUCUUUUCAUCUUUGUUCUUUUCAUUUUCUUCCAUUUUUAGGAACUGCCUCCCAUUCCCCAGCACUAACAUUAAUGCAGUUUGAGUAUUCUCAGCCCUAUGUUGGGAUUCAGUAGGUUAGGUAAUUUUGCUUGCAUGGAGCCUCAGCAAUUCCAGUCAAGCCCUACCAGUUGUAGUGCAUUUAGACAUUUGGAACAAAGAAAGAGGCCAACUUCAUCAUGUAAUUUCUCUUUUGACGACUGAAGGAUUUAUCAAGUUCUGUACCUCGUAAACCGUAUGAAUGUUCUUUUGACCCACUCAAGGUCUAAAUGGCUGUAGAUUUGUUGUAAUAUAUUUGAAGUGCCAAAGGUUAUGUACUAAGUUAUGGUACGUUUACUGUUGGAAGUUAGAUUUUGCACUCAAUUAGAUUUUAAUUUCCUAAUUACACCAAGAUGUAUUGCAGUUACUCAGUAUUUCCAUAAAAGUUCUUGAACAUUUUUGAAUAUUUGGCUGAGGCAAGUGGUUUUCUCAUAUUGUAAAUGGGGAAUUGUUGUGCAGUUGUUUUGAAUUCAACAGACAUAUUAAAACUAACUGGUACGCUAUGAGAUGAUCUGUACUAUCCGUGAUGAUUAAACCAUACACAUUGAUGGGGUUUAACAAGUAAACUAACCAGAGACUAUGCUCCAAUGACUUUUCACUUGCAAGCCAACUUAUAAUUAUUAAAAUGAAACUCUACUAUAUUUAGCACCUCUGAAAUCACUUCUUUUAGAAUGUAAAUGUAGAAUAUCAAACUGCAUAAUUGACUAAAAGCACAUCAUUUGACAUAUUUGCAUACCAAGAAUGAUAAGCAGAUUAAAGGUAGCGAAAAGAUCAAUUUUUGUGCAUUAGUGAAGAAAUUUAGUGAAGCUUUGAAUGUGCUAUCAGGUCUUUAUCUGAUCUAUAAGUGAAUAAAAGCACCUUUUGUUAGUCAAGAAAGAGAGGAGAACGAGAAAUGCAAUUUAGGAAAAGGUAAAGAUACCAAAAGAGACAGAAUGGGACAUUUACAACUCUGAAAAUAUUUUAUGGAGUCUUUAUGACUAAAGAUAUAAGCUACUUUGGAGCAAUUCUGGAAGGAUUGCACACAUAUAAUUUUCUGUUUAGAAAGCAAUUUUAAUAUUUUUCUAUGUUUUGAGAUUAUUUUUGAAAAGCAUCUUCACCCCACCUGUGUUUGAUGAACAAUGCAGCUUUCAAAUGAAAAUACUUCAUACUGAGUAAUGUAUAUGUUGAAGAAAAAAGAAAUGUUUCUCCUGUAGGAUAAAAUUGUAAAUUUUCUUGCUGAUCAUUUAAAAAUUGUAAUAACUUGCCACUUACAAUUAGUUUUUCUUGCCCUUUACACUUGGAGGGAUGAAAAUUUUGGAUAUCUCUACAUUAUUUUGAUCUGUCAGAACUUAGUAUAAAAGUUCAUCCAUGCACACAAUGGACUUGGAAAUUCUCCUUCAAAACAGCUCUGCUCAUAGCAAUGUACUUUACUUACUUUAAAGAACAAAUAAAAAGGCCAUAUUUUAAUUUUGCAAGUAACAAAACUUUCUGCUCUUCAAGAGCAGAAAUAUUUUCUUUAAUAUUUAUGUACGUUACCUCUUGCUGCUGUAUUUUAUGUUUAGCUUGGUUUUCCACCUACUAAUGAAUGUAGCAUUCUCCUUAGAUUAUACAUAACUACAUUUAUUGCUGUUGGCUGUGUAUCAAGAACUAUUUGUAAUUUUCCAGCUGUGAAAAUGUUGCCUUGCAUUUAGAAAGGUUUCAUGAUGUGGGGACCUAAUGAAACUCAUACUCCUUAGGUACUAGUGUGCAGUUCUUUCCGUACAGGAUGCCCUUUCUUAGAAGCAUCUUAAAACAAACAGAACUGUUGUCUUAAUAUGUUUACUGCUGCACUGGAGGUUUAUUUACACUUCCAGCUUUAAAGAAAAAUUAUUGUAUCAAGUAUGUAAAGUAAGCUCCUGCUUUUUUGCUGUUUACGUAUCCAUUACUGUUGUAGAUACGAUAGAGGCGUUAGCUGUAUGAUUUUCAAAUGGCGAUAUUUAAAGCAUGUUGACUAACUUCCUCUCUUUGAAGUCCGUGGUGAAGGAUUAUAGUGCUGCUGUAUUCAUGAUGCUAGAUUUAAGGGUCUGUCAGCACUUUGAGAAUGAAACCCUAUUUUCAGGGAUUUAUAACUUCUAAAUCUAGAUACAGGCACUGGAAGUAUUUGAUAUGCAAUAGGUAGCACUUUAAUCUGUUUAUGAAGGAUUUUGAGAUUUGUUUCUGUUGGAAAAAGUCAUGGUCUUUUAAAGCAUAGUGGGCAUUUGCUUUAUCUUUUCACAAUUUAUACAUCGAAGAAGCCACUGUAUAUUACAAGCGAUAGAGCCAUUCCUAUUCAUCUUAGAAGCUUCCAGAUGUCUUGUAUUAUUACAAUGUGCUAUAAAAAGCUGAAGAUCCAGGUUAUACAGGAAGUUUGUAAAAGAUAUGAGCAUUACUUAUAACUUGAAGGUUGAUUCUUGUCUUGUGCAAUCAAUGGUACUUUGUCUAAAUUUAAUAAUGGUACAGAAUCACAACUAUAUGCACAUGUGAGAACUAUAAACUUAGAAUGCAUGAAAAGCUUUAUUUUUGUUUCAUUAUUGCAACUUCAGCUCCUUUAAUUUGAUUAAAAUGUUAUCUUAAUAUUUUAAUUUCUGUCCAUUAAAAAAAAAAAAAUUGCAUGUCUAACACUAAUAAAGCACCACGAUGCACUACCAUGGUAUUCCUUGAAUUGUGAUAUUAAUCUGUGUUAUGCAAAGCAUGUAACUUCUAAGCCCCACUUAAAUACAUGUUUGUAAGGCCCAAGGUUUUAAGACUUAGAAGUCGUAGAGAGGGCUAGUUCCUUAAGGAUGGUUCUACAUGAGUGGUAAAUGCAGGACAGUUGUUGUAGGAGGUCUCUUCAGUAGUGUCCAAACCUUACAAUCGGGGGGGAAAAAGGGGCAUGUUAUUAAUGUGCUAAAAUAAAUGUCGUUUUUACAUGGCAGCGGCAGUUCUUUGAAAUGCACCACUCCUCUGAUUGUCUGGUUGUGUUAACACUGCUAGAUCUUUGGCACUGCAGUUUUGAGUUGCAUUUAGCAUGAGGACAAACUGCAGAUUUUGUUAUUCUGCUUGACAAAAUACAACCCACCCAGAAUGGCAGAAAACUGGUAUCUUCUUGCCCCACGGGUACUUUUUCAACGAUCACUUCAGCGCACUGUUCUCAGCAAAAGAUGCUUCUGCGUGUCUUCUUUCCUUCUUUCUAGAGGCAGCAAGACAGCAAAGUCUGUCCCUGCACAUUUGUAGUUUCCUUGGCUUCUAAGGAGGUACAGAGGGUAGUCCUGAGCUCAGAGAAGAAUAAUUUUAUGGGUAGUUCACCCAGUCACAUGAGGAGGCUUGAAAUUCAUUUGGAUGUGCUUCCUUUCCUUGCAGUUAACUGGCUGCAUGACCGGGUCCUACACUGAACCUCUUUGGGGACUUAAUAAAGGUUUUUCAAGGAUACUUUAAAAAUAGUUUAGCAGUUAAAAAUCUAUUGAAAUACUUAGAUGUAAACUAGAAGGACUAUUAUGGACAAUUUGUCUCUCUUCAAUUACAUAUAUCCUAAAGUUAUUUGAGUCAGUUCUUUAUAGAACCAUACAGGGUAAAAAUCAGGAUUUCAUUUUCAUAUUUAAGUUGUUUAAUCUGUUGUUAAGGGGGUGUUGUGCAAACUUUGGCUGCAGCUCACUUGUGAAAUGUUGUCCUUUUGUAUAACAUUGAACAUGUUAGUAAAGUUACAAGGAAUUAUGAAAAUCAAAUCUCUCAUUCCCCCAUUCCACGUUAAUAAAUGAAAUGUUCACUUAA